AUGAUUAGCAUGGUCCUACUGGGCAAGGAUGACACGCAUAAAUUGAGAAAUAGAUUCACUGAUCGCAUAACCUAUUCUGACGGGCGUUUUGACCACACGCGCCAUGUUCGAACUUGGGGCGAUAACCAUCCGCAAGGCGAAACUCGUGUAAUGCGGACACCUGGUAGCGUUUUCAGCCUUCUGAAAACCACAGCCUUUCCCCCUUCCUCCGCGAUAAGCAACAAAAGUAGGUAUGGAGCCAAAGCAGAUUACGGAGGAGGAGCUGACAUUUCUUCUCACAAAGGUGUGCACUCUUCUUGGUUGCGUGUUUCGCACUGUGAGAAGAUGUUGGAGCAAAUUAAGUCUGGGGAUGGUAAAGUUUACUGUAAUAGAUCGUCUGAAAACAGCAAGGGCAGCAGCGAUUUGUUGAGGGGACAAGCUAUUGUUUCAGAGGGGCUAAACCCCACGAGAAAACUACAUGCUUCUGGUUUUGAUAUGGGUUCUGAUAAUUUUUCGGGUCUGAGUCGUGACGGGUCAGCUGUGAGGGGAGGGUUUCUGAGGCAGGAAAAUCAGGUUCGGAUAGAUUUGUCCAUGGCAUCAAAACGUCAUUUUCUCGAGCUAAGGAGGAAGCUGGAGGCCGAGCGGGAGAUGGUGCGGAGCUUGAUGAGCAAGAUUGAAGCAAAUGAGAAUGAGGUCCACAAGCUUAUUAUUAGAAAUGCUGAUAAGGUGGCCGUGGGAAUGGGACCGUCUCGAACAGUGAAGCGUCUGAAUCAGUCAAUUAAGCAGUCGAGAGUUGGUAAUGUGGGGAAAGAGAAAAGGACUCCAAAGGCAAACAAAUUGUACAGGAAUUCGGAGUUUUUGCUGGCCAAGGAUAAGAUUCCCCCUGUUGAAGGCAACAAAAGAUUGAAGUCAAAGGGUGAAGGAGGAAGUGGGCUGGGAAUGCAGAAUUUUUCAAUUAAUCAGGCAUUCAAGAGUUGUAGUGCUCUCCUUGAGAGAUUGAUGAAGCACAAGCAUGCUUGGGUAUUCAACACGCCUGUUGAUGCUGUUGGCCUUGGUCUGCAUGACUAUUUUGAAAUCAUAAAGAACCCUAUGGAUCUUGGUACCGUGAAAAAUAGGUUGACUCAGUCUUGGUAUAAGUCACCGGUCGAGUUUGCCGAGGAUGUGAGACUCACUUUUCGUAAUGCUAUGACUUAUAACCCAAAAGAGCAAGAUGUUCACUUGAUGGCGGAUCUGCUGUCCAAAUUGUUUGAGGACAAAUGGGCUCCUAUAGAGGCUGAUUAUAGGCAUGAGAUGAAGCUUCCUUCAGAUUUUCGUGUGGGUUUGCCAAUGCCUAGAGCUCAGAAGUCUCUUCCUCCCUCACAGUCAAGGGCACAACCUGAUAUGGAAAAAACUGUUGAUACUGAUCCAAAAAGAAAGACAAUGGGUGUUGUUCAAUCUGGCAGGGUUCCUUCCCCAAAGAAACCUAAGGCAAAUGAUUCUGACAAAAGGGAGAUGACAUAUGAAGAGAAGCAAAAGCUUAGUGUAAAUUUGCAGAAUUUACCUUCCGAGAAGCUUGAGAACGUCGUUCAGAUUAUUAAGAAGAGAAAUCCCUCAGUUUCACAGCAAGAUGAUGAGAUUGAAGUUGAUAUUGACAGUGUUGAUGCUGAGACUUUGUGGGAGCUCGACAGGUUCAUAACAAAUUAUAAAACGAGUUUGAGCAAGAACAAAAGGGAGGCUGAAAAUGUCAGUCAAAUAGCAACUGAUCCAUAUCCAACAACCAAGGAAAAGAUUACCUCAACAGUUUUGACUGAGACCCCAAAAGAAAGCAGAACAGGUAAAAUGAAGAGAGAGCUGUCUCAACUCCAGUUGAAGUGGAAGGGCCCCAAUGUGCUAACACAAAUAAAGAAACCAACCACAGCAGCUCUAGCUCUGAUACCACCAGCUCCUCAUCCAGGGAUUCUGAUGUCGAAAGUUCCUCAGCAGAUGGAUCUGAUGGCAAACACUCACCAAACAAUUGAGUUUUGAGGUCUAGUGAAGCUAAUGCUGACAACUCUAUUAAGAAACCCCGUCUCAAGAUAGUUGUAUUGCUUCUAUGUAAUUGUGUGAUAAGUUUCGACAAAGUUAUCUUGUGAUCUUGCUAUUAAGCUAAUGUAGUCGGUGUUAACAGUUGAUACUCUAAGUGCAGAUUGAUGUGAUGGUAGAUGCUAACUGUGUUUUGUAAAGGUGCUGCCAACUUGUAAGUUCUCUUUAGCAGUGGUCUUGACUGUCCACUCAACUGUGUGCUAUCUCACAUUUUCUGUAAUUAGUUAAUGACUGUAAAGCCCUUGUUUGUAAAUUGUGCAGACUUUUUUCACCGCCGAAAUUUUAUGUUAUGUAUUUAUCUGUCUAUAUUGAUCAGCUAUUUCGGACUUAA